AUGGAUUUUAUGGAAGGUCCACCAUCUAAAAGACCAAGAUUGGAACCAUCACAAUCAACAUCAACUACAUGUUCAUCAUGCUCAAAUUGCAUUUGUGGUUUAUCCAUCACUUUUGACCAUCCUGAAAAUGCUCCUGAUCAUCAUGGAUCAUUCAAGCUAAUUAACUCAGCAUUCAGACGAUAUUUAGUUCAAUAUCGUUCAUCAGAUCUUGAUUCUCCAGAUUUGAAUGCAGUCAUCAAGAACAAAUGGAAAGAAAUUGGAUCACUUCUAAACAUUUUAAUUGAUGAAUUCGGGGCAAUUAAAUUCAGUAUUGGUGUAACUGUCCAGUUUAGAAAUCAAAUUUCUGAUAAAACUGAUAAAGGAGGGUUUGAGUCUGACUUAAUACCCUGUCUGGCUGGAUCAGAUAAAGAUGAGCUGAUAAAUAGUUCACUGGAGUUUAUAACUGAUAAGAUUGAUCAAUUCACUCAACGAGGGUCUGGUUGGACUGUUAACAAAAUCCAAUCUAUUGAUUUACUUGUUGGGAAAUAUAAACCAUUUCGUGGAGGUUGUGAACGUGAACAGCUACCACUGUUCAUCAGAAACAAGAAGUGCUUGAUUUCACCGAAAACCGAUACAGAUUGCUUCAUGUUUUCCGUAUUGAUCAGUCUCCAUAAAUCAAGCAUUAACUGCGGGAGAACCAGUAGUUAUACCCAAUUUGUUGGCCAAUAUGACUUUUCUGAUGUUCGAGGACUUGUCUCAAUAGAUAACAUUGAAAUAUUCAUGAGAAAAAAUAAUUUAUCUAUUAACGUCUAUACCUGUUACCCAGAUUCAAAAGCUGUUGUACCUCUUAAAAUCUGUAAUGAAGAAAAAGAAAAACAUGUUGAUCUGUUCUUGUUGAAUCAACACUAUUAUGCCAUCUCAAAUUUCAACAGAUUGGUUUCCAAAGGUCAGAAAAGAAAUAGAUUUUUUUGUAAGAGAUGCCUCUGUUCAUUUAAUACCAACGAGAGAAAGUUAUUUCAUCUAAAUGAAUGUCAAAAAACCACAGCGCAAAGAUUGAUUUUACCUGAUCUUAAUAACUCAACUCUCAAAAGGAACCAAUAUCGUAAGGAAGUUCAAUUUCCAGUCUGCAUUUAUGCUGAUUUUGAAACUUUGAAUGUAAAAAACAAUGAUGAAACUAGUACUGUGAGUAAUUUGACUCCAUGCAGUUACGGUCUCGUCGCUGUUGACUGGAAUGGUAUUGUCAUUUGUAAAGAUUUUUACCUUGGCGAAGAUGCUGGUAAAAAGUUCCUAGAAAAGAUCAUCAGUUUAGAACCUUUCAUCCGGGAUCAUAUUGCUAAAAAUAUCAAACCACUUUACUUAACAUCUAAUGAAGAGAAGGAGUUCAGGGAAGCCACCGUGUGUCACAUUUGUUCAAAACCAUUGGGCUCUGAUAUUCGUGUUCGUGAUCAUGAUCAUCUCACCGGAAAAUUCAGAGGCGCAGCUCAUCAACCCUGUAAUCUAGAAUAUCAAGUACCGACACAAAUUCCAGUUGUUUUUCAUAACUUGAAAAACUUUGAUGGUCAUAUAAUAAUCAAAGCUCUUGACUCAUCAAUGUUCAAAGAUAAACCGAGUAUAAUUGCUCAUACAACAGAAAAAUUCAUCGGGUUCAUCAUUGACAAUUUCAAAUUUAUGGACAGUUUUGCUUUCCUUUCAGCAAGUUUGGAUGCUUUAGCAGCCAAUUUAACAAUCGAUGAUAAAUUAUUUUAUCUCAAUCAACUUUUUACUGGUGAUUUAUCACUUUUAAUGAAGAAAGGUGCUCUUCCUUAUGAAUAUCUGGAUUCAUUUGAUCGAUUUAAUGAAACAUCAUUUCCUCAUAAGGAUAAAUUUUACUCAAGUCUUACCGAAUCAUCUAUUUCUGAUGAGGUAUACAAUCACGUCAAAGAUGUUUGGACUAAUUUCAACUGUUCAUCAUUAAAAGAUCUACAUGAUAUAUACCUUAAAACAGAUGUAAUUCUAUUGACUGCCGUUUUUGAAAGUUUUCGUAAGAUGGCACUUCGAAGUUUCGGUAUCGACCCUCUUCAUCAUUUCUCAUCCCCUGGUCUCACUUGGGCUGCAGCUCUGAAGACAACAGCUGUCGAGCUUCAGAUUUUCUCUGAUGUUGAUAUGCUGUUGAUGAUCGAAUCAGGUAUCCGAGGUGGUUUGACUAUGGUUAGCCAAAGAUAUGCUAGAGCAAAUAGUCCUGAGUUACCAAAUUACAACCACGAAGAACCAGUUACCAAGAUAUUGUACUUGGACGUAAAUAACCUUUAUGGUUAUGCCAUGUCACAAUACUUACCAUUGGAUGGCUUUGAAUGGUGUGAUGUACCAUUAGAUGAAAUUUUUUCAACAUCUGAUGAUAAUGGUCAAGGGUAUAUACUUGAAGUUGAUCUCGAGUAUCCAGCUGAACUUCAUGAUUCACAUUCUGAUUUUCCAUUACUACCAGAAAAACGGAAAAUUGAUCUUUCAAUGUAUAGUGAUUAUCAGAAAGAAUUACAAACAAAACUGAGUAAUCAAGGUAUCAAAUCAGUACCAUCAACAAAACUCGUGACUUCAUUUCUAAGUAAAACCAGAUAUGUGAUCCAUUAUUCAGCUCUAAAGUACUAUAUAGAACUUGGAAUUAGAGUAACCAAAGUUCACCGGACUAUCAAAUUCAAUCAAUCACCAUGGUUAGCGGGGUAUGUCGAUUUUUGUACUAUCAAUCGACAGAACUCAAAAACAGACUUCGAAAAAGAUUUUUGGAAGUUACUUGUCAAUGCAAUAUACGGAAAAACCAUAGAAGAUAAGAGAAAACAUGUUCGAAUUGAUAUCGCAUUAAAAGAUAUUGAGGCUGAACGAAUGAUGAGAAAGAAUCUUGUCAAAAAAUUCGUAAUUCUUGAUGAAGAUAAAGUCAUUUUUCAAAUGAAAAACAACUCGGUCAAGAUGGAUAAACCAAUAGCUGUUGGGUUCAGCAUUUUAGAAUUGGCCAAACUCAAGAUGUAUCAAUUACAUUAUGGACAGUUUAAACCAUACUUUAAAGAUGAUAUCAAAUUACUUUAUACUGACACCGAUAGUUUAAUCUAUCAUAUCAAAACCGAGAACAUUGAUCAAGAUCUUGUAAAUUUAUCCCACCUUAUGGAUUUCUCCAAUUAUCCCACAUCACAUCAUCUUUUCUCUAACGAGAAUAAGAAAAAAAUUGGUUACAUUAAGAAUGAGGUGGCCGGUGAUGAGAUCGUAGAGUUUCUUGGUAUUAAGCCGAAGCUUUAUACAUUGAAGACAUUAUCCGAUGUUAAAAAAGCCAAAGGAGUACCCAGAGUAGCACUCAAAAAGGUCACUUUCGAUGAUUAUAAAAAUUGUCUUUUAAACGAAUCGACUGAAACAGGAACUGCUUCCAGAAUUCAAUCAAUAGAUCAUAAUAUCAAAAUAAUUAAUCAAACCAAACUCAUGAUAACCCCUUUUGAAGAUAAAAGGUAUUAUCUUGAUAAAAUUAAUUCAUUACCAUAUGGUCAUUAUAGAAUCAAAGACCAACAAUAA